AUGGAGGGGUCGAAUACGGCCGCGGAGGCCCACCAGUACGUGGGGCCUUUUAGACUGGAAAAAACCCUUGGAAAAGGGCAGACAGGUCUUGUUAAGCUGGGUGUACACUGUGUCACCGGUAAAAAGGUCGCUAUCAAAAUCAUAAAUAGAGAAAAACUUAGCGAAUCUGUACUUAUGAAGGUGGAAAGAGAAAUAGCUAUAAUGAAAUUAAUUGAGCAUCCGCACGUGCUUGGCUUGUCGGAUGUUUAUGAAAACAAGAAAUAUUUGUACUUAGUCUUAGAACAUGUAAGUGGAGGGGAACUAUUUGACUAUUUAGUAAAAAAAGGCAGGCUAACUCCCAAAGAAGCUAGAAGAUUCUUCCGUCAAAUUAUAUCUGCAUUGGAUUUUUGUCACAGCCAUUCUAUAUGCCACCGCGAUCUCAAACCUGAGAACUUGCUGUUAGACGAACGGAACAAUAUUAAGAUCGCAGACUUUGGUAUGGCGUCGUUACAACCGGCUGGGUCCUUGCUGGAGACAUCAUGUGGCAGUCCACAUUACGCCUGCCCUGAAGUUAUACGGGUAACGUUAAAAAUAUGUAAAAUAUAU